AUUUUCAAUUAACCCCAAUUCGCACCUCAACAUCUCAUCUCAUCUCAUCUCAUUCAUCUACGCUGCUCUCUGCUUUUGCUCCUCCUCGAUACGUUGCCGAUCGUCACCGCCGUUAGCCUUUCAGCCGCUGCUCGCCACUCACCGCCGCUGCUCUCUACAGCAUGAUGGGGUCAUUUAUGGUAGGGGUCCAUGCUGUUAUCAUGUACACCAACACUUGAGAUCAUUAUUAGUAGAGCAAGACCCAAAUUUACAUCUCCAAAACCGUUAUUGACGGUGUCGUAUGAACCAUGAUCUCGUUCUUCCUUUUCUUUUCCAAAGCUCCUCCUCCUCCUCCUCCUCCGGCGGUGGCGACACCCCUGUUCCGGCAAGCAACGACUAGCUUUUCGAUCUUUGACAAGAUGUCCGGCCAAAGCCAGCGAUUGAAUGUUGUCCCAACAGUCACAAUGCUGGGAGUUGUGAAAGCUCGCCUUGUCGGCGCCACAAGAGGCCAUGCUCUUCUCAAAAAGAAGAGUGAUGCUUUGACUGUGCAGUUCCGUCAGAUUCUCAAGAAGAUAGUCUCAACAAAAGAAUCAAUGGGAGAGGUCAUGAAAACAUCCUCGUUUGCCCUAACAGAAGCCAAAUAUGUUGCUGGCGAGAACAUCAAGCACAUUGUCCUUGAGAAUGUCCAAAAUGCAUCCAUCAAAGUUCGAUCUCGCCAAGAGAAUAUUGCGGGUGUGAAGCUCCCAAAGUUUGAGUAUUUCACUGAAGCCGAGACAAAGAAUGACCUAACUGGAUUGGCAAGAGGUGGCCAACAAGUGCAAGCUUGUCGCGCUGCGUAUGUGAAAUCCAUUGAGGUUCUUGUCGAGCUUGCGUCUCUUCAGACAUCGUUCUUGACACUUGAUGUGGCGAUCAAGACCACAAAUCGUAGGGUCAAUGCUUUGGAAAAUGUUGUGAAACCGAGGCUAGAGAACACGAUAACUUACAUUAAGGGUGAACUUGAUGAGCUCGAAAGAGAGGAUUUCUUCAGGCUGAAGAAGAUACAAGGUUACAAGAAGAGAGAGAUUGAGAGACAGCUCGCUUCUGCUAAGCAGUUUUCAGAGGACCAGUUGGCGGGGAAAGUUUCUUUGCAGAGGGGGAUUUCGGUUAAUUCAGCGCAUAACUUCUUGUCUGGUGGUAUGCAGAAAGAUGAGGACAUUAUUUUUUGAUGUGGAGGUCAGUUUUGUUUAUUUAUUUUUACUUUAGUGUGUGUGGCUUUUUCUAUGGUGCUUGUUUAAUGCUUUGAAGAAUUCCUAUGAUUUGUUAGAUGGAGAAGAUAUUGUUCCUUGAAUAAAAGUUUUAUGUAUUUUACUAUUUAUUGAAUUAAUUAAUGACCAAACUUAUCUUCGCGCCU